AUGUGGGUACCGGAAAGUAUGCAAAACGACGAAUUUGCGGCUCCGGGUCAGGAAGGUCAGCCAAAACUGGGAAGAUUUCUUUAUGCGAUGCAUUUUGACGAAGAUGAGUCCAAAGUGCAACUAAGUGUUUCCGAUGACGGUGGCCUGUCGUUCAAACGUGUUUACCUCCCAACGGUUGCACCGGAACGAUUCUUUAACGUCUUGGAGGUCGAGGAGGAUUUCGUCUUCCUUCACGUAGAUGAGCCAGAUGGCAAAACAGCUGGCCAAAAAGGACACAUCGGCUCAUGGGAAACCUUCAAUCUCCUCUCCCUCCACCCCCGCCUUGUCCUUCAGCCAGAAAAAUGCGGUUUUGCACGUUUCCCCCCACAGAUUGCGUCGGCGUAUACCCUCUGCCGUGUCAGUCUUGACUUGAGAGAUUCCUUUCACACUUUUGCUAUGCGGAAGGAAUAA